AUGGAGUCAGACAGCUUAGACAGUAACGAGCCCAAGACGGUGUCUAUCACCUCACCAGAACUUCCAGAAUGGGCGGAAGACCCAGCCAACGCGCAGAACUGGGCUACACAUAAGAAACUCUACAACACAGCGAUCCCUUCAGUACUGUGUCUUCUGAUAUCAUUCGGACUUGCCAUCUACUCGCCCUCUCACGGUCAUGUUCAAGCCGCAUUUCACACCUCCUCCACCAAAUCGCUUCUACCUUUCACCAUGUACGUGUACGGAUUGGCCUUUGGACCCAUGAUCGCCGCCCCUCUCAGCGAGACCUAUGGCCGGCGGUUUAUCUACCUCGUUAUGACCCCGCUAGCAAUGCUGUUCAUUCUCGGGGCCGGGUUUUCGGACAACCUGGCAAGUCUCACCGUGUGCCGCUUGCUGGCGGGGAUGUUCAUCUCGGCUCCGCUGGCUGUCGGAGCGGGCACAAUCAUGGACAUGUGGAGCGGGCCAGCGACCGGCCGUGGCGUGACGAUCCUCAUGACCAUCGCCUUCAUGGGCCCUGCCAUCGGAUCUCUGGUCGGGGGCUGGGUGGCCGAGUACAAGAGCUGGCGCUGGUCGCAGUGGACGACGCUGUUUCUGGGGGCCGCCUGCUGGGCGUUCAGUGCAGGGGCGCAGGAGUCCUACGCUCGCCCGAUCCUCCACCGUCGCGCCGUCAAGCUGGGACUGCCCGUUCCUCCGAGUCCAAUCCCCGGGGGUCUGGCUGGCGUCAGGAUGAUGCUCACCGUCACCCUAGCACGACCGGUCUACAUGCUCCUGACCGAGCCCAUCGUGGCUCUCUGCUCGCUCUAUUCCUCGCUCAACUUCUCCGUCCUCUUCUGCUUCCUCGCCUGUGUACCUCUCGUGUAUACCAAUGUCUACGGCUUCACGCCGGGUCAGUGCGGCUUGGUCUUCAUUGCCCUGGCGCUGGGGUGCGCCCUGGGCUGUCUGGGGCUUCUGGCGGCAGACCAGUACACGAUGGCUCUGCACCGUCGACGACACCCAGAGGGCACCCCCGCGCCACCGGAACGCGUCCUAUGGGCGGCGAUGUUGGCUAGCCCGUGGAUGCCGGCGGCACUGUUCUGGUUUGCAUGGACAUCGACUCCCCAUGUGCACUGGAUGAGCAGUAUCGUCGCCAUUGGGCUCUUUGGGUGCUCCAACAUUAUGAUCUUCGUGUCGACCGCCCUGUAUCUAACGCGUGUCUAUGGGGCGCAGUUCGGAGCAUCCGCGUUGGCCGCCAAUGGCCUGCUGCGGUACGGCAUCGGCGGCUCGUUCCCUCUUUUCACUCUCGCCAUGUACCACAAUCUAGGUUAUAGCUGGGCGUCUAGCUUAUUGGGGUUCUUGGCUGUGUGCUUUGCGCCCCUCCCGUGGCUGUUCUUCAAGUGGGGAGGUCGGAUCCGGAAGCAUAGUGCUUAUUCUUCGUGA